GCAAACGUAAUAAUCAGUUUUCAAUUAAGUUUUCAGGUAAUUCAGUACAGGAAAAAGGUUUUUUAGUGCAGUAUUACUGGACGCUAAUUUGCUUACAAACAGUUCAAAAGAUAUGAACCAAUCAAAUCACCGGAAAAAUUACACAAAAACUAUAAAAAUACCGUGUGGACCGCGUGGUUUUAAAAAAUUCAACACUUUUCGUCAACAAAUAAUGUGUCUGUUUCUAUAAAAUUUGGCUAUGUAUUUUCUUAAAAGCAAAACACACGAUUUCUUGUUUGAAAAUAAUGAUAUAAUACACGCGAGCUCGUGUUUUUCGUGCGAGAGCAAUGCCGGCAUCUAAACAACAAAAAAAGAUAAACUUUUGCUGAUUACAAAAAACACACAUUUGAAUCCGUGAUAACUUACGACCUCCGGGUAAAAGAUCACAGUGUGCAUGUUGUCAUGGUACCGGGUAAUUUUUAAGAUUUUAAUUCAUCUUAGGCUAAGUUCAAACGUCGUUUUAUCCAUGGGCCGUAUUGGAUGCAAGUGCAUGCAAAUAAAGAUGAAACAAUCGACUUGAUUAAUUUGGAUGCAUUUGCAUUGAAUACGGCUCAAGGAUAAUACGCAUUUUGGACUUAGCCUUGUGUGCUCAAAUCCACAAAGUGAAAUAAGUGUAACUUCGAAAUGACCUACCUGAAUGUUCAACCAUUUGUCACUUUUGUAAAUCAUAAUCGUAUUCAUAAACUGAACCCAACCUUAACUUUAUCUCCGGCGCUUUGCAGAACAAAUACGUUUCAAGCAUCUUAUUUCAAUCGUAAAACCAUGGAAUCUCGUAUGUAACUUAACGCAGCUUGAUAAGUUCUCUGGCCUUCUCGCGCUUGAACAUUUCCUAAAUGAUCGUUAUCAGACCCUACUUGCCAAUGUAUUCAACGUAGACUUACCCUGUACAUGGUCCAUCGCAAAGAACUGUGACUGCCAACACAAUUAGUUUUUAUAUUCAUUUUAUUUCCAAUUUGUUUAUUUGGGGGUACGUCGUGCAUGGGCCUCGUGCCCGUUUACGUAUGACCCCAUUGGGCAUCUAUGUUGUCUAAUAAAGCUAUUGAAACUUCAAAAAAAAAUCUUGAUUCUUUAAGCUGCUCUAAUAACUUCCCGUCUUUUAUUGUCCACGAGUUUCUAUAUCAAGUAGAGAAGACGUGCUAUCGCCGUAUUAGCCUCCGAUGACACCGUGGUUCUUGGCCGUACUCGUGUGAAGUACGUAUGUAGCAGAGGGGAUUAAGAAGAUAUGAUUUGCGUGAUUUGUGAUCCACACUUUAGUGUGAUAUAAACCAAAAAUUCUCUGUUAAAGUUCACACUAGAUCAUUUGCAUCAAUUGUGUUACCAUGAAUUAAUGAGUGAGUUUAUUAGUUAGGAAUUAUAGAGCCAAAUCCAAUCAAAAGCAAUAUUUCCUUAUAUGUGAUAUUGAUGCCGAUUUGUUUAUAAUCAUUGUCAUCGCUAUGGAAACCAAGCUCGUCGAAAAACAUCCUUCUUUCAUUCGAAGUCACCAGACAAUUGCUUCUUUUUUCUAGAAUUCAUAGGCCUUUUUAGCUUUUAUUGUUUUUAACCCGAAGCUAAUGCCACUAUUAUUAAUCAAACCUCACGUUUCGUGUUAUUUGACUAUUUUGAUUCUCUAAUCGCUCGAGCACAAAUCAUGGUAUCUUAUACGAUACUAAUCAUUUCCAUUUACUUUAUUAUCAGAGUUAUUCGUAUUUAGUCAUUUCAUUAAUUAAACUUUUAUCUGACUAGUUAUUUAAGUAAUUAGAGAGAUGUAGUAUACGGAUCCCAGUAUACGAUAUACGCAGCAUACAUUUCACUUUUCUUCUCUUUUGUGUUUUGUUGUUUCGUUAAAUUUUUCGAUCGGCUCAUCAAGUGGACCGUUACUUUCUCAGCAGCCGCUGAAUAUAGAAUAUAAUUGGAUUGUGGUGCUAUAAUGGUUACCAAGUUAAGCUGCAUUAUUUUUGUCGUGUAUAUUAUUUCUAAAUAGUGUGAUCUAUUUUGUCUUUUGGUGGGGAUUUUCUUCCAUUGUUAAAAUGAAUAUAGGAUAUAACAUUGUAAUGUAAUAUCGCCGAAUCUAUACUUACGUCUUUUAAAAAUUAACUAGCGAAAAGGUCAAAUUCUGUAUUUGAUAUCAAUAAUUUCCGAUUGAAUUGCCGUAUAUUGGGCAUUAUCCCGCGCAUGAAAAUGUCAUCUAUCAUUCUAUCAUAUUUGCCUUCGUCCUCGUUACACGCACAGUGGAGAUUGUUAUCAAAUCAGGUUAUUGCCUGGAUUUAUUUAAAUUAUCUCCGAAUAUUGUUGUAGGAGUCACAUUUUUUAGUGAUGAUAUUUCGUGCGAAAUUUGAUAAUAACAGAAGACCUCGUUAAGCUCAAUUGACAGCCUCGAGAUUCUUAUGCGGUUGUCAUGAGCACCUGUCGAUAUAAAGGUUAAUGGCUUAUAUGGUUAUAUAAAGAUCUCACUGUUUUUUUAGCAUCCAUAUUUUCCCCCUUGUCUAAACAUGAUGAAAAUGUCCCCACUCUGCCGUGAUAUGAGACUGUUCUAAACUGUGUGCUAGCUGGCAUCUGAUAACACAGCUUUAGAAGUUGAAGGACUACUAAAGUAAUAGCCAUUUGAGCAUGUGAGCUGUAUAGCCGUGCAGAUAGAUGGGAAUUCUCACAGAAAGUCUCUACAUUCUUGCAUUUCAUCGAGUUGCGAUAACCCCCCAAGAAAUAGAAAUAUCGCCAUCAUUUCUUCAAUAAUUGCAAUCAAUCUGAGAUGUAAACAAGUUUUCUUAAGAAAUUGAGAAAUUGGCAUUUUUUGCGGCGGAAGACCAGCUCAUAGUAUGGAAAAGUAACGUCACAACGGGAGAUUCAAAGUGACGAUAAGAUCUGUAUGUUUUGAAAAAUACCGUGCUAUCAUAGUUAUUAUACCCAUUUCCCGAGAUGGAAUUUGUGUGUAUAUGUUAAUGGCUUCUGUAACUUAACACUUGUGGUGUUGAUGUCGCACAUCGCGUAAGAAAACGUCGCUGCUUUCGUCUGGAAAGCCAGAACACUUGUUUACUAAUUCCCAUGCGUGCGUGUGCAAAUAGAACAAACCAAAGGACGCGACCACAACAUUUUGAUAUUAAGUGCCAAGAUUGAACUAUUAUCGUCAUUUUUUCUACUCCAAGAAGAGUCUCAUUCAAAGGCGCGCUUCACUGAUGAUUUAGGAUUAUUGAGUCUUCGCGUCACACAUAGUGCAUUCAUCAGAGACCGGGGAUAACCCCUGGGAAGACUCGUCCGCGGUACGCCAAGACCGACACGUACGCAACUUAUUACUCAGGUACAGCAGCUUGUAGCCGUGCUCGCGGCGACUGCUUGGUUGCCGGCACGUGUAAAAGAGUGUUUAGGCUGUGGACUCAAAAGGAAUCACUUAAUAGCAAGCAGGGAAACAAAACGCUUACAAAAUUGAAUUACGAUCUAAGUGUUUCUCGUCUCAGCGAAACGGGCAAUUUAAAAUAUCAGUUCUUCAAAAUGUGUCGGAAAGCGGGGCGAGUUUAAAGAGACAAAGGAAUUACCGCUUCUGCUUGUAACAGGAUGGAUUGCUUGAACUUGACGACUUUGUCCAUUCAGGACUCGCUUACGAAUUGUGGCAACGCUACUCUUAGUAAGACCGGGCUGAGAAUGCGAGAUAGUGACGGACUUCGCAUCUUCAAGUUGUUGUGUUAUGCCAUUGUGUUUCUGGUUGGCGCAACCGGGAACUCGAUGGUCGUGUGGUUGGUAGCUAAACGCCGAUUACGGGCGCGAUACAACUACUUUUUGGCCAACUUGGCGAUAGCAGAUUUGGCCGUAGUCACCAUCAACCUGCCGUUUAGGCUUGCAUACCAGGAAAAUAGGUACCAGUGGCCGUUUGGGUACGCGCUGUGUAAGUUCAUUCCCCCACUAACGUACACCUUCACCACCGCGUCCAGCGCGUUUCUACUGGCCGUCAGCCUUGAGAGAUACCGCGCCGUGGUGCACCCACUGAGGGGAAAGGUGACAACCAAGCAGCUAAAGCUGACGGUGCUAGCGAUAUGGGUCCUCUCAUUCCUCGUCACAUUCCCUCUCAAUACGUACAUGUCGACGGCGGAGAAAGGCGGGAAGGUCGUCUGUACGGACGCGUGGCCCACUCGCCACCUGGAGCAGGUUUACUUCGUGCUUCUUUUUCUGAUUCAGUUCGCCUUUCCUCUCCUCGUCAUGCUCGUGGUCUAUUUGAAGAUCAUAGUGACAAUGCGACACAACCAGCUCAAAAGCUGCAACCACAGGGCGUCCAUGACGAUUCGCAAGCGGAACACGCGGGUGAUUCGCAUGCUGCUAGCCGUGGUGUUCUCCUAUUUCAUUUGUGUUAUGCCUUACAGUACCUUCCUGGUUCUCAGCGUGUUUAACAGGGAAGGCCCCGUGGCGCUCAAGACGUUUCUAGUUCUCAUGGCACUCGCGAACAGUAUGGUGAACCCUCUUCUGUACGGGGCAUUGAACCGACAAUUCCGCCUGGGCUACAUGUACGCUAUUACAACUUUAAAGAACAACUGCCUGCGAAAGGAGGAGCUCACACUGUCAUCAAUAUUCCGUCCUGUUCCACUCCACGAAGCCCCGUCGCCAUUAAAGCGAAAAACAUACAUGGUGCGAGUAAGGAGCGCGUGAACAAAAUACGCGAGCCUGGUCGUGAUAGAGAGGGUCAAAAGUACCGUGCAAAUAAAGAAAAGGCAAAAAAUAUACGAGUAGGGCGAGCCAUGUCGUGAUAGAGAGGGGCAAAAGUACCGCACAAAUAAAGAGAGGGCAAAAAUAUACGAGUAGGGCGAGCCUGAACGUGAUUGAGGGACAAAAAUACCGUGCAAAUAAAGAGGGGGCAAAAUAUAUACGAGUAGGGCGAGCCUGGUUGUGAUAGAGAGCGGCAAAAAAUGCGCUUGGAAGUUAUAAAACGAAUAGAAGACCAUUGGGUUUAUAUAAGGUUAUGAUUGUUUACAUGUAUUGAAGAGGAUUGUGUAAUCCCUAUCGCGGAUACGUAGCACAUGAUUAUACAGAUAAGAAGCUCAUCUUGGUAACCGCCAAGUACUUUAGGUGGUUGAGGCUCAAGUUUAUUUACAGAUUCGCCGCCCGUAGCAUCCCCGCUGUUCGUGGGAACAGAUUCGCCGCCCGUAGCACCCAACUGUUCGUGGGAAUGGAAUCAUUUUCGCUGUUUUGUGUUGUAUCCCCCGCCUCUAAGGCAGGCUGUGGCCUGGUUUUAAGUACACAAACUGCGGGUGCACGUAGCAAGAAACCUUACGGCGGUAUACCACGCUGGGCACACCUUUCAUUACCCCGGGAUUUGCAUGUUAGGCUUCUCAAGGCAUCUCCUUUGAUGGGAAUUUUAAGAAUUAGUUGCAAAACACAUUUGAUAUCAUUCGUAGACACCACAUGCCUAAUAGCAUUGUAGUGGAUUGGAGCAUUUUUCACCCUCUCAACGGCGCAUUAAAACAGAGUCAAACUA